AUGUCUUCAACUCUUCCAGUCACUCAACCUGAUGUCACAGCUCCUGUUCAGCAACAGCCAAGAACCCUGUUUCAGCGAUUAUCUGAGAGUAGUCAUCCUAUCGCUCUUCUCUUUUUCCUUUUUUUCCGGCUAAGUGCCCUUUUCAUUUACAUAUUCGGUACUCUUUUCACAUCAAACAAAGUCUUACUCUUUGUCAUCAUCAUUCUGUUACUUGCAGCCGAUUUCUGGAAUGUCAAAAACGUCUCGGGUCGUCUGUUAGUCGGACUUCGAUGGUGGAACGAAAGUGCACCAGAUGGAAGCACAAUUUGGGUUUUUGAGACUGCCGAUCCCCAACGCUACAUUAACCCUAUCGACUCUAAAGUCUUUUGGCUUCUUUCUUACGUGACACCCGUGGCCUGGGUUGUUUUGAUUCUUUUCAAGCUUAGCUUUAUUUGGCUACUACUGACAGCCAUUGCACUUAUUCUGUCCAUCACCAAUGCUGUGGCAUUCAGUCGAUGUGACAAGUUUGCUAAAGCAUCAAUUGUCACAAGUGGAUUCAUGGGUAGCCUGUCUACCGGUCUUCUUACACGCGCUUUUGGAGGCGUAGCAGGUCGCCUUUUUAACCGAUGA